AUCGAUAGCCUCUCUUGAAAUGAAGUAAAUAAAAAGUAAAGCAGUCCUGUUCAGAAAUCAGAUCCCUGCAACAAAAAGUAAAGCUGUCUGUUCGAUCCCUCGCUGCACUAACGAGGAAUUAGCAGAGAGAGAGAGAGACGAGAGAGAUAGCCAGAGAGAGAGACGGGAGAGUUUUGGAGAGAGAGAUGGUGAGUAGAAACAGAGGAGGGUUUUCAACGGAAGAUGAAAGGGUGAGCGACAUGUUAGUGUUUACAACUAUGUGUAUCAUUGGCCAUUACGUAGACGUUUUCGUCAAAGAUGGUUCAGUUUUCUCUGGAACUUUCUACACUUCAUCUCUUGAUCAAGACUAUUCUAUUGUUUUGAAGAAAGCGAGAAUGACCAAGAAGGGUAAUCGCGUGGCCAAUUUAGGGAAUAAGGGUGUGAUAGAAACACUGGUUGUUAAAGCACAAGAUCUCGUGCAAGUGGUUUCUAAGGGAGUUCUGCACUCAGCAGAUGGCGGCACAGGAAAUGCCUCAAGGAUCGAUAUUGGGGCUACCAGCAGUGUUAAUGCUACUGUUUCUGUAGAGAAAGCAGCACAGACAACGCAAAAUGGAAAGCACGGUGGGAAAAAGAAGCGCAUCAAUCGAUCUAGGAGUACAGCGAGAAAUGGAAAUGGUGUUGUAGACUGUUCUCCUAAGGGCACUGAUAACUUACACAUUGUAGCAGAUACUGAAAGUCGGAAAAAUAUCCACCCAAUUAUGUCAAAGAGUGCAGAAGAUUCUGGUGUUGCAAGUGAUACCAGGAUUGCUAGUCGUGAUGAAUCGCAACAGAAACAAGGUGACUGUGAAGAGAAGUCAGAGUAUCGAAAGGAACACAAUAUCCUUGAAGUUCAAGCGAUUUCGACAGUUGAUGCUCCUGAUGGAACCCAAUCCCAUGUUUUUAAUAUUCCUAAAAAAAUUACAUCCAAGGUGUUGACAAACAAUGGUCAUGAUAGUUCUGUUUGUUUAGAUGUUAAGAUUCAUGGUCCUGAAGUUGCUCCUAUUUCAGAGACUAUUCCAUCUGUUGUUUCUACUGCCAUUUCAGCAACGAUAGAAGCUACUUCAGAAACGCACCUCUCUACUGUAAAACCAGCAAAUACGGUCCUCCAAAAAAUCUCAAGUCUUAAUAAACAUGCUAAGGAAUUUAAACUCAACCCUGGAGCGAAGACAUUUUCUCCAUCAUCUGCACAACAGAGAUCUGUGCCAUCUGUAGUGCCAGCAGUGACAAGUGUGGCAUACAUGACAGAAACCUCACCAGUAGUAUCAAUUUCUGCAGCACAGCCAGAAGUUGGAACCAGUCCUUUUGUGCCUCGCUCUUUGCCCGUAAAGUAUGUUCCAUAUGGUGGCUUGGUUUCCAGCAACGGUGAAACUGAGAUGCAAUACUCUCAGCCUGUGGUUGGCCAUUUGGGGAGCAGGACACAGCCAGUUAGGUAUGCUAGUCAUUAUCAUCCUGUUCAAGCUGGGACCACUUAUGUUCAUCCAACUUCUCAAAAUUUGAUGGUUGGACGAUUAGGGCCACUGGUAUAUGUGCAUCCUGUGUCACAAGAUGUGGUUCAAGGUGCACCUGCAUUUUCCCAAGUAUCCAACAUCCCUCUCUUUGCUCAACAAGUCCAUCUUCCCAAACAUCAAGGGAAUGCAGCAGCACAAUCACUACAAUGGUGUCCUAGUACACCGUAUAUAGCCGCUGGACAGCAGCCAUUUGCAGUAGCACCAAGUCAUAUCCCAAUUUCUCAGCCUCACUUCCCUAUGAUUCGGCCCAUACAUGUCCCAGCAGGAUCCAAUGGCUUUUUAGGCUCUAAGUUUUCUUAAAUAUAUGCACGGGGUGUUGAUUCCAGUGCUCAAUUUUGCUCCUUUUGGAAACUUAGUUAUAGAAUCUUUUAAGGUCUGUUCUCAGGUUCAUGCUUUUGUACAAGUAAAUUUGUUACAAGUCAGAUUGAAAAUCAAUUUUGUUUUCUGGAAAUUCAAUAGAAGUAAAGCUGGUUUACUAGAAUUGUACUCUCUUAAACAAAAAAUUUUGUACAAGCAUUUUUUCAGUCAUAUUGUUAGAAUAAAGGUUCUUUUUCUGAAA